AGUGUAUCAAUACACACAAUUGUCAAAACCAAUGACACAAAACAGUUGUCCCUCGUUCCCUCUGUGUCCAGAAGAGAGGCAGAGUAAGCCAUUCCAUUUCGACAGAGAACGUCCCUCGAGAGCUGCAAGGGUCCUGGUAGAAAUGGAAGCUAAAAGACGCCCAGUAAACCAGUCUAUAGAAGAUUUCCUUCUAAGCUGGAACUCAAGUACAACAACCAAACCUUCUUCUAAACUCAACGCCACAGAUUAUUGGUUACAGGUGAAGGGGACGAGAUAUGUUAGGCUGUUGUGGCGCCUAAAGAAGCUUUACUUGUCCAAUGCUUUUCGAAUGGCGGCAAGAGCUUGUCUAGGCACACUUAUUGGUAUUCUAUUUGUUUUCGUGCCAACACUGUACAGUGCUUUCCCCGACGCACCACUGGCACUAAUUUAUUAUAUUAUCAACCUCACUUUUUUUGUUCAGGAGCUUCACUUUGGUAUUGUUAUGCAGGCCUCCUGUCUUACAGCAAUUGCUCUGAUUUUUGGAGCUUGUUUUGGAGCUGUUGCAGCUUUGGCUGCUCGUGCCAGCAUUGGAAUCACCAUAGUCUUGGCAGCAAUAGGCACAGGCUUAUUUACAAUUCUUCACUCAGAUACCCGUGUUUCCGGCAUGGUUUACUACACUGGAGAAAGCAACUUUGUUUUCAACCUUUUGGACACAAGAACCUUGGGAAACUCUAGUAUUUUGUAUACGAUGAGGAUCACACUUGUGGCAUCUGCAUUGUCAAUCGUAUUUUCACUUGUUCCAGCCAUUCUCAUUUUUCCAAAAUUUUCCGUUCAGGAUAUGAAACUAAGCAUUAGAGAUGCUUUGAACAAACUUGGUUCUUCCAUGUCAUCUAUUUCAUCCGUUCUCUUUUCACCAUAUCUUGCUAUUACUAUCAUAGAUAGCAAUUCCUCUUUAAGAGGCUCUACAGACCGUAUAGGUGGAUCAAUACAUAGUGGCUCGAAAAUCAAGAGCUCGUCAUCAACUAGUUCAGACUCUAGUUUUGAUGACGACGACACUUUUCAAGAUACGCUCUCUAGCAGUGAUGCCCCGACAAGACAGAUUGCUGUGGAUCCUGGAACAGCUUCUUGGCUAAGAAGUUCUUCGCACAACCUUCAUGUACUCGAAAGCAUUUUAGAGGGAGAUACUCUCAUUUCUGCACAAGGUAACAUAAAGCGUGCCAAGACCCUCGCAAAUUACAGUAUCUUUGAACCGAACCUGAUUCAAUUCAUGCGGAAAGAGCCUAUCCGAUUAUGGUUGAGAGUAAUCGAUGCUGUCGAAGAUCUUAUUUCACGUGUGGACGCUAUACGCUCUGUUCUUGAAGGAGGAAGAAGACGAUAUAAAGCUGAAACAUUGCAAAGAUGGAAGUCUAUGAUUCCUGUGAUGAAAGAACUUUAUGCCAGAAUGGCCACUACAUGUUCUGUUUUAGGUACUUGUAUAAGUGAACCUUUGGAUGAUGGUCGUAUUUCCUCUAUGAGACAUAUUAAGGAUGAAAUAUUGCAAAUGGAAGAGCUGGAACGGAAGUUAAAGGUAUCAGUUCGAUCAUCAUAUAUUUCAUAUUGGGAUAGCACGAGAACUUUGCGUGCAGAAUCUACUGCAUUAGAAUUAGGUCCACUUAUGUUUGUUUUAGUGAUGUCAAAGUCAAUGUUGGAGUCACUAUGCAAUAUUCAUGAAGAAUUUUACAAUCUUAUGGUAGCGAGAAAAGAGAAAUCUUUUCGCUAUCACAAUCUCUUUGGGUGGACAAGAAGUCUCUUUUGGUCAUUUGAAGUUUGGUAUCACGCGAUCGGAAAUAUUCCUCGUAACAAAACAGAAUUAUAUACUCUGUUUGGAGCGACGGAGUUUCAUUAUUUUAUCAAGAAAUGGAUUGGAGAGCUUUUGAUAAUCAUUGUCUUUUUAGUCACGCCAUUGUAUAAAUAUGUUGAAAAUUUUGAUGGACUUUGGUUGUGGAUGGCCUAUAUGAUUUACAUGACUCCUACAGUAGAAGGCACUCUAAUAGGAGGACUGGUCACUAUCAUUGGAUGUGGUUCUGGAGUCUUAAUGGGCUUCUUAUUGAUGAACUGGAAACAGUCUGCAAUGGAACCUUAUGGCUUAGGGGCAGUCAUUGUCUUUGUUACAACAUUUGCAGUUUACUUUAUGAACGGACCGUUUUAUUCAUCACUUCUUACCACUUGCACCACACUGUAUGUGAUGAUUCUUUAUCAGUAUUCUCCGUAUGAAUACAAAGCUACAUGGCACUAUCCUCUCGCACGCUUCGUAAAUAUUUCUUUGGGUGUUAUUAUCGCUGUGUUCCUGAGUGAAUUUGUUCUUCCUCAUUCAGCGUUGAAGGAAACUCGGCAGUGUCUUGCGUUGGCUGUUCGUAAAAUGAGUAGGUGGCACCGAUGGUUGCUUUCUGAAUACUUUGAGUUGAUGGGACGACAUGGUGAUAGACAAUUAGUUUAUGGAACAAUUAAGGUGGAACCGAUUGACUCGAGAACGAACGGCAAACCAGAUAGUCAUAUGGCAACGAUCUGGGGAGUCCAGAAUUCCUCAGAUAUUGAAAUGAAUGGCGUCAUAGACCAAGGAUCUUUGGGUGUAAAUGGGCAUAUUGAAAGUCAACCAUCAGGUUCUGCCGGGAAAGAUUCUAGGAAUCCCGUAAAUUGGAAACAAGAAAUUCAGAGUGAUUUUAAUAAGGCUCUUUACUGGCUUGGAAGUGUUCAGAAUGGUGUCAGUGCGAAACUACAUGCCAUUCCUCAAGUCAUUACCACAGCCGUCGAAUAUGAGCGUAAAAUUAUUCCGCGUUUGUCAGCGUUCUCAACUUUAUUGGAUUAUGAACCUUUUGUAACUGGACAUUUGGCACAUACUCAUUAUGACCUAUUUAUCAAACCACUAAUGGAGGAUUUACUCGUUCUUCAGGAAAGUAGAAAAAGCUUUGUGCAUGUAAUAAUCAGUUGUAUAAUGGAAGGGAAGCCCUUCAAUUCAAUUGCUUUUGUAAGAGAAUUUGGAUAUGCAUCUGCGAGAGAGACAACCAAAGCUGCAUGGAUUGUUGGUGAUUAUAUGAGAAAUACUGGUACAGCGCUCUUCAAUUCUCUCCACUUCACUAAGGAUUAUUUUGGCAUGUGGAAGCACUUGCACUCGAGACCAUUUAGUAUUUCUGAGACAUUCUCAAGAGAACAGAAUCCAAAACAGCAAGACUUGUCUCAGAGUAUUUUAGAGUGUGAAAACCUAUCAAACCAAUUGAUGGAACAAGGACUUGUGCCAACAGCAAAAGACAACAUUCAACAAUCGUUGAAUCCAUCAAUGGAAGAGAAUGAUAUUCAACGUACAGCAUCAAUAGGACUAUCUGAAAAGCUUCCCGGUGGUAGAGAUGGCUCUGAUUCGGAAAGAGACGCGAUUAUGAUAUCGUCACCAACCGAUGAAACUGCUUCAGCAGCUAAAAACGAUGAUGAAGAAAAAUUGGAUACCGAAAUUGUUGAAUUGGCUGAUACAUUUGACAAUAUACAACAAGAACCUUUGGAGAAGCAAUCACAGAUACUCGAUACAAACAACACCAACCUUCAAUCCAUCUCUGAGGAGGUUCAAGUAGAAUUUCCCUCGACCUCAGUGACCAGUUUAGGUUUAACACGUUCUAAUACUCGGAAAACAAAUCCUAGCUCUUCUGUCAAUAGCAACAGUAUCCAACAAAACAAACGACGCUCAGGUAUUUUUUGGAAGACUAUAUCGAAACUGAAUACUAGUUCGGCACAUUUCGGUGAUUUUAGUCAUGGCCUGUUGGAGGCAGUUUUUCACGCCUCGAACGAGUCUAAAAAGACUGUUCCUCCUAUCAUCGAGAACCUCUUGGAAGGCUCAAAGCAAGUGAGACUAGCUCAGGCUCGUUUUUAUGCCAGAUACCUGCAAUUAGAACACGCUGAGUAUCAAAGAACAUUUGAUGAUUCCGAUACUUUUGUGAGUUUUGAAGCUCCCGGACCUUUUGAAGAUCAGACCACUGUGGCCCCUUCCACAUUAUAUGAUGCUCCGUAUAUUCGUUCCGCUGACGAUCACAUUCUGUUUCUGUCUGCCUUUUUUGUCUCUUCCUAUGUUUUCGAUGGAUUUAAAAACCUUGGUUUGGUGCUGGCAGAUGCGGUAUUAGAUGAUUUGCAGGACUUGUAUGAGAGACAUCAUAUUCUUGUAAAGAAAGGAGUUCGAAGAUUGGAGAAACGUCUAAAGAGACAGAGAAGAGUGUACCACAGACGCAAGUCGCAACGUCAACCGAAGACUUGAAUCAUGAAAUGAAAUAUCUGUUAGGAGU